AUGGCGGUCAGCAUCCGAGGCCGCCCGUCUCGGAGCAGCCGGAUGCGAGGUCGGAAUGACAGCGGGGAGGAAAAUGUUCCGCUGGAUCUUUCCAGAGAUCCUGCUGACAACCUGCGUGAAAUCCUUCAAAAUGUUGCCAGGCAGCAAGGAGUUUCCAACAUGCGCAAACUUGGUCACUUGAACAACUUCAUAAAGCUUCUCUGCAGCGCUGGCCACUCGGAGAAGAAGCUUGGAUUUACAUAUGAGGAGAUAAUUAUUUGUCUCCGGUUAGCGUUGUUGAAUGAAGCCAAGGAAGUGCGUGCAGCCGGUUUACGAGCGCUACGGUACCUGAUCAGAGACAGUAUCAUAUUAGAGAAGGUGCUUCGGCUUCAGGUGGACUAUUUGAUUGCCAGGUGCAUAGAUAUCCAGCAAAGUAAUGAGGUUGAGAGAACGCAGGCUCUCAGACUGGUGCGGAAGAUGAUCACAGUGAACGCACAACUUUUUCCCUCCUCUGUCACCAACUCUCUCAUUGCCGUGGGCAAUGACGGACUGCAUGCACGGGAUCGUAUGGUCCGGGCCUGCGUUGCCAUAAUCUGUGAGCUUUCCUUGAAGAACCCUGUUGUGGUGGCAGAGAGAGGCGGUCUGGGCACCAUUUUGAAGAGCGUGAUCGACUGUCAGCUGAGCCGCAUCAAUGAAGCUCUCAUCACCACCAUCCUCCACCUCCUCAACCACCCUCAAACCAGGCAGUACAUCCGCUCUGAUGUUGAACUGGAGCAAAUCUUGGCUCCAUACACUGACUUCCACUACAGACACAACCCAGACACAACAGAGGGGCAGCUUAAGGAGGACAGGGAGGCUCGAUUCCUGGCCAGUAAAAUGUCUAUAGUUGCUUCAUUUCGCUCCUGGUCAGGCAUCAUUAACCUCUGCAAGUCAGGCAACUCUGGAAUCCAGUCUCUCAUUGGCUUACUCUGUAUACCAAAUAUGGAGGUGCGGAGAGGCUUGUUAGAGGUGAUGUAUGAUAUCUUCCGGCUUGCCAUACCUGUUGGGACUGCAGACUUUAUUGAAGCACUUAUUAGUGUAGACCCCAGUAGAUUUCAGGACAGCUGGAGGUUGUCUGAUGGUUUUGUGGCUUCCGAGGCUAAAAUCAUUCUUCCACAUCGAUCACGCUCAAGGCCUGAUCUAAUGGACAACUACCUGGCUCUGGUACUGUCUGCCUUCAUCAAGAGUGGACUGUUAGAGGGUCUGGUAGAGGUGAUCACAAGCAGUGAUGAUAACAUAUCUGUACGAGCUACCAUCCUGCUGGGAGAACUCCUUCAUAUGGCCAAUACCAUCCUCCCUCACAGCCACAGCCAUCACCUGCACUGCCUACCCACUCUCAUGAACAUGGCGGCCUCCUUUGAUAUUGCUCAGGAGAAGAGACUACGGGCAAGUGCUGCAGUCAACUACCUGAAGCGCUUUCAUGAGAAAAAAAAGCGAGGACCCAAGCCUAACAGUCUCUACCUGGAUAACAUCCUCCGCAAAUCAGUGGCAUCGCACCACUGUCGAGACCAGCACAUAAGACCCCAGAGAGACAUAUUUAUGAUAAAGGACAGUGAGGAUGCUCUGAUGAUGAAUAUGAGAGACAGCCACAUCCUCAACCAUAAGGAGAACCUGGACUGGAACUGGGUCCUGAUUGGAACAAUUUUAAAGUGGCCAAAUGUUAGCCUACGUAGCAAUAAAGAUGAACAAAUGCACAAAUUUGUGCGAAGGCUACUUUUUUUCUACAAACCCAGCAGUAAGCUGUAUGCCAGCCUGGAGCUGGACCAUCCCAAGGCCAGACAGCUCACUGUGGUUGGCUGUCACUUCAUAGAGUUUCUCCUGGAGUCUGAUGAGGAAGGUCAAGUGUACCUGGAGGAGCUGGUGAGAGACAUUGUCCAGUGGCUGUUCUCUUCUGCUGGGCUUAAACCUGACCGUAGUCUGCAGGGCAACGGGCUGCUAACCACACUCAGCCAGCACUACUUCCUCUUCCUGGGCACCUUGUCUGCCCACCCUUAUGGGGUCAAGAUGCUGGAGAAGUGCAGUGUCUUCCAGUGCCUGUUGAAUUUGUGUACUCUGAAGAAUCAGGACCAUCUGCUGAAGCUCACAGUGUCCACACUUGAUUACAGUCGAGAUGGCUUGGCUCGAGUCAUUCUCUCCAAAAUCCUCACUGCUGCCACUGAUAACUGCAGGUUGUAUGCCACUAAGCACCUACGGGUCCUACUGCGUGCCAGUGUUGAGUUUUUCAGUAACUGGGGCAUUGAGCUCCUUGUCACCCAGCUUCAUGACCGCAACAAGACCAUUUCCAUGGAGGCGUUGGACAUACUGGAUGAAGCCUGUGAAGACAAGGCCAACCUUCAUGCUCUGAUCCAGAUGAAACCUGCCCUCACACACCUAGGGGACAAGGGUGUCCUACUGCUGCUGAGGUUUUUGUGCAUUCCAAAGGGGUUCUCCUAUCUCAAUGAGAGGGGGUACAUCACCAAACAGCUGGAAAAGUGGCAGAAGGAAUAUAACCUGAAGUAUGUGGACAUGGUGGAGGAGCAGCUUAACGAGGCUCUCACCACUUACCGCAAGCCAGUUGAUGGAGACAACUACGUACGCCGCAGCAACCAAAGGUUACAGAGGCCAAAUGUUUACCUCCCUGUGCACUUGUAUGGUCAGCUAGUCCAUGACAAGACAGGCUGCCAUCUGCUGGAAGCUCAGAAUGUGGUUCCUGAUUUAAGCUACACUGUUCGCUCUCCAACCUUGGACAAAUGGGAGGGCAUCAAACAUCUGAAGGCAGCACUCUGGGCUUUGGGUAACAUAGGCUCAUCAAACUGGGGUCUGAACCUGCUGUUGGAGGAGGGGGUGAUCCCUGACAUAGUGGCUCUGGCCCAGCACUGUGAGGUUCUGUCCAUCAGAGGGACUUGUCUGUAUGUGCUGGGCCUGAUCAGUAAGACAAGGCAAGGCUGUGAUGUUCUGAAGCAGCAGGGCUGGGACGCUGUAAGGCACAGUCGGCGUACACUGUGGCCUGUUGUACCUGAGGAGGUGGAGCCACUGCCAAAGCCUCAAAACCUGCUGUCCUCACUCUCCAGCACCCUCAGUCUCACCUCUGAGUCCACAAGCUCCAGGCACAACAGCGAGAGUGACUCUGUACAACACAAUAUGUAUAUCCUAGAUGAUGAAAGGCUGGAAGGCUGUGACUUCCCAGAGGAACCUUCUCUUUACAUGUGCCCCAAACUGAUGAAGGAUCGAAGCCCUUUCACUCUGCUGGCCUCUAGUCGCUUUCGUAAUCGGCUUCUCCACUCACUGUCUCUCUCUGGAAAGAAACUACGCAGCACCACUGAAGCUAAAGGCAGUGGUCGUGGCCAAGGAGGAGGACUAGAUGGAAAACAGGGACGCAAGCGCACCAUUACAGAACCUACCAGCUACUCCUUUGAAGCAGCAGACGUCUUCCCGAUGUACAAUGUUGUCCAUCUUGCUAAAAGCCCCUCAGUCAGUUUGGAGACCUCUUUUGUAGGAAAUAAAGCCACUGAGAAUCGAGGCAGUACCCCCAGCAUUGGGGAGGGAGAAAUAGAGGGGGAAUGUAGAGUGCCACAGCCCACUGAGAUGGACGGAUCAGGGGUCAGGGCAGUAGAGAACCACCGAGAACAGAGCAGCCAUGAACGUCUGGCUGGAGAUGGUCCUUCAGGAUGUGGAGGAGCCCACUUUAAGAGCCGUAGCCAGAGUUUUAACACAGAUACCACCACAAGUGGCAUCAGCUCCAUGAGCUCCAGUCCUUCCAGGGAGACCCUGCCCUCUAAUAUUGACACUGACUGUGUAAGCCUCAAUACUGUGAUAAGUGCCCAGACUAUUCAGAACAUGCACUCACUUACACCCCAACCCUUCUCCACACCACUUUCGAUUUCCAAGUCCAGCUCCACCUCCCUUGUGCCUCCUGGCUCCUCCCACACCUUGCCCCGCCGAGCCCAGUCCCUCAAGUCACCCUCGGUGACCACACUGAGUAGUUUGACGGAUUGCAGCCUCAUGUAUUCCAACUCCAGAGAGGCAUUGGGAUAUGCCACACUGAAGUACUCAAGCUCCCGUGAUGCCUACGCAAGUCCUCGCGAUGCUUUGGGCUACGCUACUCUGAAGAGGCUGCAGCAGCAACGUAUCCACCCAUCUCUGUCCCACAGUGAGGCCCUGGCCUCCCCAGCCAAAGAUGUGCUCUUCACCGAUGCCAUCACCAUGAAGACAGGCAGCCUGGACUCCAGACUAACUCCACGAAGGUUCCUGAAGGCUCUCAGCUUUGCCUCCCUGGAUAAGGAGGACUUGCUCAGCCCUAUCAACCAAUCCACACUGCAGCGCUCCUCCUCAAUGCGCUCAAUGGUAUCCACUGCCACCUACGAUGGUUCUGAUGACUACAUAGGUCUCGCACUGCCUGUCAACAUCAACAACAUGUUCCAGAUCAAAGAAACACCAUAUUUCCAGAAGAGGACAAGCCCACCUUCUGAGGACCGCUCUGCUAAAUUCUUCUCUGGAGACUCUGAUGGCCCCAGUGAAGGCUGUCGUCCUGCAGGGCUUCGCUCUCAGCUCAGUAUCACAGAGCUGUUGGCAGUGAGCCGAGCAGAACAGCAGCAGAUGUUGGGUUCAGAGGAAACGGGUCUCCAAGAGCACAACGACGACAACUGUCUCUACUGUACUGGACUGUCUGUGCUUGGUUUCAGUUCUCCCCACAGCCACCCAGAACUAACAGAAGCACCCCAGUUCACAGAGUGGUGCAGUCCACCUCCACAAAACCAUUUGGAGGUCAUGGUCCAAACCAAGCUAUCAGGGGUGUCAGGAUGCAGCGAUACAGUGUCCCAAGGCUCAGGGGGUAGUACUCGCAGUACGGAACUGGUUUUGGGGGUGAAGUCCAUGCCGGAGGAUGCUCCGGCUGGCAGGGUUUUGCUGAGGAAGGAGGUGCUUCGUCUGGUCAUCAAUCUCAGCUCCUCUGUAGGGACCAAAAGCCAUGAGACCAGUCUUCUAACGAUCAAGGAGAAGUUCCCCUAUGCUUUUGACGACAUCUGUCUUUAUUCAGAGGUGUCUUACCUACUUGCCCACUGCAUGUUUCGUUUGCCCUCACGACGCUUCAUUCAAGAGCUCUUCCAAGAUGUGCCAUUUAUACCGCUAUAUGAGGAGGCAGAAAGCAUCCUAUCCAUGCCGCCAAAGAAGGCCACGGCUGACGCUUGAUUCGCACUUUCACUUCCCGGUCUGCCAGUUGAAGCAAACCGUGUGUUUGAACACCCAGCCUCUCCCUGAACUCUGACUGACAUCUUGCCCUUCACACAACCCAACUUCCACUCCACAUCGUGUCCAACCGCUGUGUCCGGUCUCCUCAAUGCCAACUCACCACAUUUGACUCAGACAUGGCGUUACACAAGAGGCUCUUUUCCAAUACUCCUUCAAAUGAAACAGCAGCAGUACAUUUUGUUCUUGCUGCACUAAAAUGAGCCCAAUGCACUACUGUUGUGAACAGACUGCAGCUAACUAUUGUUCUUUUUCACAUCUCCUGUUGGGUGGGACUCAGUUUGAGUGUACGUCUGCAUCUCAGCAUUGUUAUUUAAAAAAAAAAAAAAAAAUACAAGCAUGUCUUUUUAACUCAGCUUUUCCCAAAGUGGAUUCUUUAACCCAGUUUAACCUAACACUAAAGAGGAUGUGCCAGAACAGUGUCAGUACUUUUAAAAUUUGUUUUACGAUCACUUCCAUUAUGGACAUAGAUUUGUCUUACCAUUGCACAUGAACAAGAGCUGUAAAGCAGAUUCAGUUGAAGCCAGAUGAUUAUCAAUUAUUGAUGCAGUUUGAUGGUUAGCUAAAUAGAAUUGCACUUUUCCAUUCACGGAUUUUAUUGUAGUUAUUUUUAGCAAUCAUAAGCACUUGCAUUGAGAACUGUUUGAGGAUAGUUUGAGCACUGCUGUUAACUAUAUGUUUUAUUUUAGGAGUCAUCAAUAGACUUUGGGUAACAAAGAAAUAAGUUACUCAUUUGGUAAGACAACACUCACUGUUUUCAGUUGAGUUUCAGUCUUCCCUGAAGGAACAUGGCCAAAUAUGUAGUAUAUUUUUCUUAAUUUGUUGGGUACUGUUUAUUUAUUUAUAAUAGUAAGAUCAUGCUGAAAAAUAUCUGCAUUUAUUUGGAUUUUUGACGGAUGUGCACAUAUCAAAGUGAAAAUGAAAUUCUUUAAAAGUUUGUAAAAGCUAUCUAAUUUGAAUACAAGGUUAAUCUAAUGUGCAAUAUGACCUACAUUUUGUUACAUUUCAUGUCAUAUGCUACUCAGAGGUCAUACUUGGAGAUUUGUCAGGGGGUUUUGAACAAUAUUUUCUUUUCAGAAUUGUUCUACUUUGGCUUUUUUUUUUGUCAAGCCAGUUCCACUCAGUACAUUGUAGUGGAGUUACACAGUUCUGUAUUUGGAGUCUAAUACAGAAAACAUGGAAUGAUAUCAUGGAAUAUGUGGUUUACUGAAGGAUCUGUUGUCUGAAAGAUUGAAAUGAUUACCACCCCUCGAUCAUUGCUUGGGUAAAUAUAUUAGUUUCACAUUCAGUGGAGUUUGAGACUUAUAAAAUUUGAAGUAUAUAGAAAUGCAUGAUAAAUGGUGAUAAAGUCAAGGGGCGGAGGCAAUUUUGAGCACAACUGGAUGGACACACAGUUUGGGUAUUUGGUCUGAUAGCUGAUGAUGAGGAGACAUAAAUUGGCCUCCAUCCCCAACUGUGUCCCAGGCUCUACUGACUGACAUCCAAAGUGCCUGCAGAUUGUACUGAGGUAAAGGAGGUGUUUUUCUCAUGAACACCCCCAGAAUUCCAAAUAUCCAAACAUAAACAUAUCCAGAUUUGAGAUUAAUCAUGCAAGUGCAACAGACAAAAACAUCCUGUUAAAUGAGACGUGGGCAGUGUUGCACAAAAGAAGCUGCUGAGUCCGUUCUUGGUCAUAAUUUUCAGUGGAACAUCAUUAGUUUUGUUAUUGCUAUGCAAUAAGCUUGUUCACUUUGGUGUCAAAAUUGUUAUGGACCAAGAAACAGAUGUUUGUUAUUAUCUUUUCAUUUGGGCAGCUGUAAUUACUGUUUUAACCCAAAGAGAGAUGUGAUGAAUUUAAGAGUUUAUUUGACCACCAUGUACAGAAAAUCCCUGUGUAACUGAUAGUGCCAUUUGGUAAAGCCCUUUAUGGGCAAGGAAUUGUGAAAGCAUGUUGUGCCACUAAUAAUGAAACAUAACAAAAGGGGCACUGGUUUCCCGACAGCUCCUCCUUAAAAUGUAAACGUCCAUUUGCACUUUCAUGUGGCCUCAACUUGCUCUUCAUUUUGCUGUGAAAACGCUAUUGAUAUGAUAAAUGACAUUGUACAUCUUAAUAUUUUUUCUGUUAAUGUUAUGACUGACCUACCUAAGAAAAACAGGGGGAGAUAAUUUAAUUUUAAGUUAAAAAGAAGAAUUCACUGACACUUUAGAGAGGCACUAAAAGUUAAGUAUUUCACUUUUGUGUACAUUUUGAGUGUGUUGAAAACAUGAGCACCUUUUUAUUGAUUGUGUUGUCAGUCGACUUCUAUUUAACUUCUCUAAAGCACUGUAUGGAUCUCAAAGUCUCGUGUCUGCAUGAUAAAGAAGCUGAGGGAAGAGUGAUAAAGUGAUGUUUAUAUUUUUCCUGGAGAGAUCAUUUUCAAGAAGUUGUACAUAACAGUUUUUCCUCAUUUUCUCCAAUCUGUGGUUUUCCCUAAAGUGAACUGUAUGAUCUCGUAUGAACCAUGAGAAACAAUCUUAUUAAAGGGAUGUCUUGAUCAU